AAAGUCAAAUCAUCCUUUAAAUCAGCUGCAGCUCGGGCUCGGUCUCGGCGCUGCGUCGCAUCCAAAGGUGUUGCACGGGGGAGCAAAGCCCUUGCAGACACCUAGAAGGAAAAUACCACCAGUGUGAGUGUAGUGAUGAAACCAGAGAGCAGAAGCAACGCUGAGAAGAAUGCAGAAAUGCAAAGAGCCUAUCCACUGAAGGGGAAAGGACACGGAUGUUAAAGGCUUGUAUCUGAAGCUCGAGUUCCCAUGGUGCGUUGAUGCUGUGCUCGCAGAGACCCGGUUCUUCCUGCUCCACUCAGCAUCGGCUCAUCUGACAUGCUGAACACGAUGUUCUGUGCUGAACCCGAUGACCUUCACUGAUCUUUAACCGUUACUUCGUACACACCUAUUAGCUGAUGGGGUGAUUUGACCCCCCUGGCCAAAGAAAGCCAUCAUCAGGGCUUUGCUACAGGACGGAAUUGGACAUCAGGGGGGGAGCUGAUCCAGGCGUGUUUUGUAGUAGAAGUGAAAUCUGAAUUGAAGUACGGAGACAGACGCUGGACAGUCCAAAUACUGGGUAUACGCUGUCGUGUAAAGUUUGUCCUGAGGACGAAGCAGCAUGGCACGGAUGAACAGACCGGCCCCGGUGGAGGUGUGCUACAAGAACAUGAGGUUCCUCAUCACACACAAUCCCACCAACUCCACCCUUAACAGCUUUAAAGAGGACCUGAAGAAGUAUGGUGCUACGACAGUAGUGCGUGUGUGUGAGGUGACCUACGACAAAGCGCCUCUGGAGAAGGACGGCAUCACCGUGGUGGACUGGCCUUUCGAUGAUGGAGCUCCUCCUCCUUCCAAGGUGGUGGAGGACUGGCUGAGCCUCCUCCGAAGACGCUUCAUGGAGGAACCGGGCUGCUGCGUGGCUGUGCACUGUGUCGCAGGCCUCGGCAGGGCUCCGGUACUGGUGGCUUUGGCUCUCAUUGAGUGUGGGAUGAAGUAUGAAGAUGCGAUCCAGUUUAUCAGACAGAAGCGUCGUGGUGCCAUAAACAGCAAACAGCUGACCUAUCUGGAGAAGUACAGGCCCAAACAGAGACUGCGCUACAAACACCCACACAUCUUCAAGUGCAAGUGCUGCAUUCAGUGAGCUGAAAUCUGAACCAGAACCCUGAAUCCUCAGCCCGGGGUGAUCUCUUACUGAACUGCGGCUUUAAGCAGAACCCCGUUAAGCCUGAUUGAUCCCUGUUGGUGCCUAAACCUCAUCGCUUUCGCUCCGGAGCGAACACUGCCACGUCUCUCGGUAAAAGGAGGCUACAGGGUCUGUAAGGUGCACUGAAGAAGGUGGUCUUCAGCCUGAUGGUCAAGGGAGCCAAGGGGAAUCAUGGGAAACCUUUUUGCCUGUUUGCAUUCUUUGUCUGUAAAGUCUCAGGUUGUUUUUUUGUUUUGUUUUUUUCAGCCGUCUCAGAUACUGCCACCUGGAGUACUCUUUCAUUUCCCUGUGAUGCCUAAGCACUUCACGUGUGAAGCUCAGCAUAGAAAUGGACUCGGAGGGUUUAUAAUAGGGCUCCUUCAUAUUAUCCAAACUUCAUUAGCCAAACUGCUUCUACGAGAAAGAACGCUGAAAUGACGAACACGGUGAUAGCGGAGUUUGUGGAGUCGGCAUUACAGGCACGUGCGAGAAUCUUUUUACUUCACUUUUGCCGUUAUUAUUAUUAUCAUUGCUUUCUACACAUCCAUGAUAUAUUCUAAUCAACUUAGUCGACUCAACCCCCCCUCCUUCGACCCAAAAUGAACUGAAUGUAGUAAACGUGGUGCUCCAGAACGAUCCGCAGAGUCCAGCGUGCACUUUUUAACGACGUUAAAUUAGAUGCCGAAUCCCCCCAUUUGCGUCCUUGGGUAAAUAAAUUCUUAGCGAGUAACCUUGCAAAAACGAUCUCACAAGGACGCUGAAACAGAGAAUGCACUUGUAGAAUGCACGUUUGAGUUUUUCCGAAAUUUGUUAAACAAAAAAAAAGCGUUUUUGGAAAAAGUUUUUAUUCAAAAUAAUGAGUUAAAGGCACUUGGGAAUCUGACAAAUGCCAAAUGACAGCAAACUCAAACAACACCGUUGACAAAUGUGCCUUGUACAUGUAAGGACAUGGGAUGUGUCAAUUUUUUUUUUAUCAUUCAUUAACAGCUAUAUUAUUCAUUUCCAAACCUCGAAAUUCAUUACGUCAUCAAGAGUGCUGUUCUACUGAAUAUCAGCAUGAAUCCUGAUGUUCAGUACUGCUGCAAGGAUGAUUUUGCUUCUAUACAACAGAAAUUGUCACUUUUUUGCUAUAUCAAAAAACACUUUCUGAAGAAGCCAUAACUGGAUAGAUCAGAGCGCUGCAUGUUGCCAUGUUGGCGUAGUAACGGUUUCUACAUGAUGAUGGUAAAUUUAGAAUCUUCUGUGGUGAAGACGGACAAGCGGAGUGAUUCACACCGUGAAAUGGUCUCAUACCAGUGCUAUUGUACCAAAUAAUCAGCAGUGCUGCGUCUCCAAAAAACAGUGCACUGGAUAAAAUUAAUUCUUGUAUAAGACGGUUAUAGAUCUGAGAGUAUGAUCAGUGCUCCACCAUAGCGAUGAUGCCCCAAUGAAUUAUGGGAUUUUCAGUUCGGCGUCGUUGGCAAGUCACGGAUGAGUGCGUUCUCAGUUUUUAAGGAGGAUUGAGCACAUUUCCCUUUUUUUUUUUUUUUUUUUAUAUUAUUGUUGUUGGUACUUGAGUUCUUGAUUAUUGGAAUGUAACUCUGGUGUGAAAAGAUGACCUCAGCCAUGGAUUCAGAAAGGAACACGUAUUGAGAAACACCCUUUUGUGUGUUAUUUUGAGUUUUGGCAUAAUGAUUAUAUCAUGCGUAUUCGCCAGACAUCAAUUUCAAUGUAAAGUUUCUUCUUUUGGUUUUGUUCUCCAUGAAGGUUUUUUUUCAAACCCUCAGGUCUUCACAUGACCUAAACAAAAGCUCAUGAACUGCUUUAAGACACACAAACACUCUCUCUCUCUCUCUCUCUCUCUCUCUCUCUCUCUCUCUCUCUCUGCUUUUGAAGACACAUUACCUCCUGCUGUACAGAGAUGCAUAUGAUGAUAAUAAAGACUGAUUAUAAAUCA